AUGUUAAUUAUUUGUAUUAAUGCUGAUGAAUAUGACUGUAUUCCAAAAGGAUAUAAUUUUGAAGAUGGAUUUGAAAAUGGAAAAGAUAAACAAUGUGAAUCACGCACAAACGAUUAUUCAUAUUAUUUUAACAAGGCUUUCAAAUACUCUGGUUUAGCUUUUAAAUGUAACCGAACAUAUCUUGAUGGUAAGUUCACAAUGACAAGUUCAUAUGAUUACUGGAAUGCAAAUGUUAUUGAAGUUAUGGAUAAUUCUCAAAUUAAUUUAAAUGGAAGAUUUCAUACAUAUAAUGAAUUUAUCUUUAGAAAAAAAUCUACAGUAGAUUGGAUUGGUCAUGUUUCAUUUAAACAUUUAAUUACAUUUGAAACAACACCAUCAUUAAAUCAACCCCAAUUAAUUAUUUGGAAAAGUGAUUAUAUUCAUCUUUAUAAAGAUAAAGAAUUUAUAAACAAAUUUAUAAUUAAUAAUCCAGUUAAUAAUAAACAAUGUUUUGAUGUGAUGUCAUUUAAUAAUAACGGUUCAUUUGAAAUUAAUAAAAACCCAAAUGAUCAUUAUUUACCAGAAGAUUUUAAGAAUGGACUUGAUAUGCCAGAUGGUAAGGCAUAUUUAAUAUCAAACAAUAGAUUAAUGAGAUUUUGUCCAAAUGGAACUGAUUUAGAUACAAGUGUUACUUGUACAAUAAAUGGUAUUAAUUAUAAAUCAUCAUAUUCAGGAAAUGAUAAUCAACUAUUCAAUUAUCCACAUUGUCCAUGUGAUGAUAAUGGUGAAACUGAAUGUAUUCUUAAUAUUCAACAAAAUUUAAACACAGUAGAUUUUAAUAAUAAUAAUAUUAAAUAUACAACUCUUAAUAUUGAUCAUGAUAUUAUAUUAUAUAAUUUUAUUUCAGCUAAACAAAUUAAUGUUAAUGAUGAUAUUACAUUAUUAAUAGCAUCUAUUUCAUCAAUCAAAGAGUAUACUCAAAAGAUACAAUUUAAUAACUUUGAAAUUACAAAUAAUAGAGAAAAGAAUGUUAUGACACAAUUCAAAUACAAUUCAACUACAAAUACAUUGGAAAUAAAUGGAAAUAAUGAACUAAAACAUUCAUUAAAUCCAUCAAAUAAACCAUUAACUUUAAUUAUAAAUGGUAUUCUCACAUGUAAUUCUUUUGUUAAUAAUUCUGUUUAUUAUUUCACUAAUUCUUCUUCAUCAACACCAUUAAUAAAUAUUAAUAAUACUAAUGGUAAUAAUAAUAUAAUGAUAUUUGAUGAAACAGUAACAUUAAAUGGUCAAUUAUCAAAUUGUAUUGUUUUAACUGGUAAAUCAAAUGAACAAUUUAAAUGUAUCCAAUGUAAAAAAGGAUAUUACUUAAAUUCAAAACAAGAAUGUCAAUAUGAUUCACAUUGUAAUAAAAUAAAUAAACAAAGUCAUUGUAUUGAAUGUGAAUAUGGAUAUUAUUUAAAUUCAAAUAAAGAAUGUCAAUUAUUACCAGAUAAUUGUAUUGUAGGAUAUAAAACAUAUUGUUAUCAAUGUAAAGAAGGAUUUAUUAAAGAAAAUGGAGAAUGUAAAGAAAUUGAUAAUAAAUGUAAUAAAUCAGAAAGAAAUUAUUGUUUAAAAUGUUCAAAUGGAUAUAAAAUACAAAAUAAUCAAUGUAAUGGAGAUAAUGAAGAUCAAUGUUAUUAUGAAGGAAAUGAAUGUGUAUCAUGUUCAAAUGGAUAUACAUUAAACAAUAAAAAAUGUUUAAAUAAAGAAAAGAACCAAAAUGGAAAGAAUGAAGAAAUAUAUUGUGAAAAUGGAAAAUACAUCAAUAAUAAUAAAUGUAUAGAAUGUUCAAAAUCAGAAAUAUGUCAAACAAAUGAUAUUGAAAUAAAAUGUAAAUAUGAAGAAUAUUUAGAUAAUAAUAAAUGUAUAAAUAAAACAUGUGAAGAAGAUAUGAUAAAAGAUCAAAAUGGAAAAUGUAAUAAUAAUAAUAUUCAAAAUUGUUUAAAUAAAUCAUAUGUUAAUGGAAAAUGUGUUGAAUGUUUAAAUACAUAUUCACCUAAUUUGAAGGGAGAAUGUAUUAAUACAAAAAUAGAAUAUUGUGAAGAACAAAAUACAUAUGGAUGUAAAAGAUGUAAAGAAGGAUAUUAUUUAACAAAAGAUAAGAAAUGUUUAAAAUGUGAUAGUAAUUGUGAAACAUGUUAUGAAACACCUACAUAUUGUAUGAGUUGUUCUAAUGAUAAAUAUUUAAGAAAUGAUAAAACAUGUCAAUCAAAUGAAGAAUUAAAUGGAACAUGUUUACAAAUAUUGCAAGAUGGAAGUGGAUGUGGAAUAUGUAAUAAAGGAUAUUAUAGAAAUGGAAAAGGAUGUUCAAAAUGUGAAAAAGAAUGUUUAACAUGUAAUCAAAAAGAUAAAUGUAUAAUAUGUGGAGAAGGAUAUUUUAUGAGUUCAACAGGAAUAUGUAAAUCAACAACAACAAUUAAAGGAUGUAAAGGAGAAAUAGAUAAAGAAUAUGGAUGUAGAGAAUGUUUAACAGGAUAUUAUUUAAUAAAUAAAGAAUGUUCAAAAUGUGGAAAUAAAUGUAUAACAUGUUUAAAUGAGAAAGAAUGUAAUACAUGUGAAGAUGAAUAUAUAAUAAUAAAUAAAGAAUGUAUUCAUUAUUCAAAUAUUAAUAAAUGUAAAGAAACAAAAAAUAAUAAAUGUUCAAAAUGUUCAUUUUGGUAUGGAAUCAAUGAAGAAGGAACAAAAUGUAAUAAAGAAAUUAAAAGAAAGAACAAGAGAAAACAACAACAAUAUUUAAAAUUUCACAAUCAAAUAUCAAAUUUAUAUCACUUGGAGAUGGAAUAA